AUGGCGACGAGGAACAACCCUAGCCCCAUGCCCAUGGGCACAGCUCAGGGUGAUCCUGGAGAGGCGGGAACACUGACAGGCCCUGACGCUGGCAUCCGGGACACACAUUUGUCCCCUCAGCUGAAGAUGAAACCCAAGAAGGUGCGCAAGAUCAAGGCGCUCAUCAUCGACCUGGGCUCCCAGUACUGCAAGUGUGGCUACGCGGGGGAGCCGAGGCCCACCUACUUCAUCUCCUCCACCGUGGGCAAGCGCUGCCCCGAGGCGGCGGAGGCCGGCGACUCCCGCAAGGAGACCUACGUGGGCCACGAGCUGCUCCACACCGAGGCGCCGCUCAAGCUGGUGAACCCGCUGAAGCACGGCGUCGUGGCGGACUGGGACUGCGUGCAGCACAUCUGGGAGUACAUGUUCCACACGGCCAUGAAGAUCGUCCCCGAGGAGCACGCCGUGCUGGUGUCCGAUCCCCCGCUCAGCCCCAGCAGCAACCGGGAGAAGUACGCCGAGCUGCUGUUCGAGACCUUCCGCAUCCCGGCCAUGCACGUGACGUCGCAGUCGCUGCUGUCCAUCUACUCGUACGGCAAGACCUCGGGGCUGGUGGUGGAGAUCGGCCACGGCGUGUCGCACGUGGUGCCCGUCUCGGAGGGCGACGUGCUGCCGGGCCUGGCCGGCCACGCCGACUACGCGGGGGGCGACCUCACCCACUACCUGAUGCAGCUGCUCAACGAGGCCGGCCACGGGUUCACGCGCGACCACCUGCACAUCAUCGAGCACAUCAAGAAGCGGUGCUGCUACGCGGCGCUGCUGCCCGACGAGGAGCUCGGCCUUUGCCCGGACGAGCUGCGCGUGGACUACGAGCUCCCCGACGGCAAGCUCAUCACCAUCGGCCGGGAGCGCUUCCGCUGCGCCGAGCCGCUCUUCUCGCCCUCGCUGCUGGGCUGCAGCCAGCCCGGCCUCCCGGCGCUCACGGCCGCCUGCCUGGGCCGCUGCCGGGACGCGGGCUUCCAGGAGCUGGCCGCCAACGUGCUGCUGUGCGGCGGCUGCACCAUGCUCGACGGCUUCCCCGAGCGCUUCCAGCGCGAGCUGAGCCUGCUCUGCCCCGGGGCCGGCCCCGCCGUGGCUGCCGCGCCCGAGAGGAAGACGUCGGUGUGGACCGGCGGCUCCAUCCUGGCCUCCCUGCAGGCCUUCCAGCAGCUCUGGGUCAGCAGGGAGGAGUUCGAGGAGCGCGGCGGCGCCGCCAUCCACGGCAAGUGCUGA